GACAGCCCCCCACCAUCAAAUAAGGCUCUCACUGUGGUGACGGAAUAUCCUCCAACUACUACAUCUGCUGGCUUUUCAUUCUCUUCCAAUAGCUCCACAUACAAGGGAGUUUUCUCUGGGCCUACCGUGCUAACAGCCAAUCCUGCAGUUCUCUCCACAAGCCUUCCUCAAACCAUAGGCUCCGUCCAAUACACACAACUUCCCCCCAAUCUCCAGCUCAUAGGACCCUAUACAAGUUAUAUCUCUUCACAAAUUGUGCCAUCCACAACCAGUCCAACACAGCCACGGAGGAUGCCACAAGAGGUUUUGGCCACAACAGCUGUCAUCUCCCAAGCAUCCAGCCUUGAUUCACAGAAUCAUCAUGUGAUUUCUUCUAUACCAAAUGUUUCCCAUAGUCAAUGCAUCCAGGUAGAGAGUGCUCCUUUGGGUUUGGCAGUGUCCUCCCCUUCUGCCCAACUGCCCAUCCAAAUCCAUCCACAUUCAGCAGUCCUUGCCCCUCAUGCCCUGGCCCUUACCCCCUCUCAAGUGGUUCUACACUACACAGAUGGCUUCAUUGCAAAGCAACCGGACUCACAUCCCAGAGAAAUGCAGAAUGGUACAUUAGGAGAGAUUUCAGUGGUCAAGCACAGUACUGCCAAAGGGAUUCCUAGCCAGUCAGAAGGUGACCAAAGCCACAAGCAAAACCACAACCUGCGCCUCCAGACCCAAGCUCAGGUUCUGCUUCCAACAGACUACAGCACUCAUGAGAGAACAGGACUGCAGACAUCGCUGAUGUUGGUAUCCAGUAGCCACCUUGCAGCAAACAGCAACUCAGAGCUCCAAAGUAUCUUGGGUAAGAACCACUCAUCUUUGCACCUAGCUGAGAGAGGAGGGAUCUGCAUAGGCAAACCAAUGUCCAGAGUGUCCGCCCUUACGUCCUCAGACAGCCAAGUUUCUCUGGCCUCCACAAUCUCCCCGCACACACUCCUGCAGGCUCCUCACAACACUCCCCAACAAGAGCUCUCCACCAGCCUUUACUCUGCAACGCAGCUCCCAAUUAUUGGCUACAUCACCAGUGCUUCUGGUGGACCCCAGCAAGCAGUAACUGGUUAUCAAAGCAACCUGCCACAGCACGUGGUGAUCUCAGGCAACCCCUCCUUGCUCAUUCCAGUGAGUGCCACUAACAUCAAUCCAACUACUGCUGAGCCGGAGGUCACCCGCUGUUCUGUCAUCCCCAGUGUUGCAAAUGCAUCAACAGCUCUGCCUCAGACCUUUAUUAAUACAUCCCCACCUGCAGCUGCAGCUUCAGUCCUACCCAAUGGUAAAGACAUC